CCGCCAUUUCAACAUGGAGGUCAUGUAGAUUUGUGUGGACACAGUGGAUGAAAAAUCGGAAGAUUUCUCCUUAAUUCCAGUAUAUUUUGAUUGCAGAACGGAUAAAAUGUGGCCAAUGUUGCUGGACAUGUCCCGGGAUGAAUGUAAGCGCAUCCUGAGGCGCCUUGAGCUGGAAGCCUAUUCUUCACUUGUAUCGGCAUUCAGGGCACAGGGUGAUCUCAACAAAGAAAAGAAAAGGAUACUGCAAGACCUGCAGCAAAAUCUCAGCAUAUCGACUGAGAGACACCGCGCAGAAGUACGAAGGGCCAUCAAUGAUGAAAAACUCUCUACAAUUGCUGACAGUAUGGCUGGGCCUAACACCGAGUCCGAGUGGCUGAUAGAAGGUCGUAGACUGAUCCCUUUGAUGCCACGGCUUGUACCACAGACAGCGUUCACUGUCACGGCCAAUCAUGCAGCUAAUAUACAGGCAGAGAAAAAUGCCAGCAUGCCUAGUCCCUCGCAUACUGGAAACAAAGAUGUGAACACUGCAGCGAGUCCCACUACCCCAGUAGGUAGUGGUAUCAGUAAGGUGUCGCGUCCCUCAAGUCCCAGUUCCAAUGUGGUGGUCCUUCCUAGCGGCAUGUCCAUACACAUCAAAGGAGGACUAAAUACUGAAGAGGAUGAGGAACCCAUCAGUCGUAAGAGACGGCGUAGUCAAUCCACUGAAACUAUUGUUUCUCCGUCAGCUUCCACCCAAACCCCACGUGUUACAUAUACCACAACAGCUGCAAGCUCUGUUUCCGGAAUGUCACCAAUGAAAAUCACCAUCAGCAAAAGUCCGCAAGGGCGCUCUCAAGUUUCUACCAAUAUCACACAGUCACAAAAGGUCAUCUUGGUGUCCAGUUCUGGCCAAUCACCCAGCGUUCUUCAGAAGUCAAUAACUGUCCCAGUGGUAAAGACCGUUGGCUCACUAGCAGGUAGCGGUGGACAUAGCAAGGCCUCAAUCAUACUUCCAAACACAUCAGUCAGCUCCUCGAAUGGCAGUCUGGGUAAUAUUGUUACUGUAGCAACACCGACCAUGUCUACAGCAACUUCCACAUGUACCACUCCUACUGUGGUGACCACUUCCACCAUGACAUUUCUUACCCCGGCUGUCAGUGUUCCAAAACCUCGUCUGAAGACAUCCAUGCCCAGGCAGAGAUUCACGACGUUUACACAAGCAGGCCAGCCCAAACCUGGUGUAGUAAUCCCGAUGGGACCUCAGCCUGUUCAGCCCAGUCCACAGAACAUUCAGAUCAAACCUGUAACCAAGGCUUCCGCCAUACAGAUACGCCAAGAGGGAGGUAUGAAGAUUAUCACCCAGAGUAUACCAGGGAGCAGCACCAGUAAAAUUCUCCCGAAACCCACCCAGCUGUCAAACAGCAGUGGCACACCCGUGGUUGUCGUUAGCGCAGGCUCAUCCACUGCCACUUCAAGUGUUACCAUGGUUACGAGGCCAGUUACAUCCAUCGGCCAGUCUGGUACAAAAAUACUCAACAUAACCCAAGGAGGAAAGGUGAUAUCUGGUGUGAAUCGGUCGGGCAAUGUAGUAACGGUCAGUCCAAAAACGUUACAUCUGACAGCGGUCAAGUCUCAGUCUGGAGGCUCAGGAAAACCUAAUGUUAUUGUGGUACAGAAGACUCAGCCAAAGAAAUCUCAGGGUGGCCUAGGUGGCACCUCCAAGGGAACAACUAUCAUCUCCAGUCCAUUUGAAAAAGAAUUGGUGAGCUUCUUACAGAAGCAAGAUUCUACCAAACACAUUGUGGUGACUACGCCAGGCAGCCAAAGGACAGAGAGAAAAGUUAUAGUAACUACCCCCGGUCAGCUGGAGGCUGUCACUCGCCAGAGAGCUAGAUCUGAAUCGGAAGGAAAGACGACUUCCUUACUGGCGGAUCUCAUCCAUGCAGCUGGUAUUGUCCCUGACAGUACGUCAGAGGCGACGGGCGAUGUCACAAUCAAUCUGGACGAGGCAGCAAUGGCAGCUCUAUCGGUCAGCUCACAAGACAGCGACACAUCAACCCAAAGUACCACAUCUCAGUCCUUACCUAACAAUGAGUGGUUUGAGUAUGAUGUCACAGACGACAGUAGUCAAAACUACCAGACUUCUGGACUGGAAUCGGGAGUCGAAAUACAGACCUCCGAGUCAACUCAAGCUAAACCAAAGGUCACAGUUCAGAGGUCAGCGAGCGUUGACUUGAGUCAGUUAUCAGAUCAGCUUUCUCCACAACAGUUCUACUCCAUAGAGCAAGCCAUGAAAAUUCUCAAUCAGCCGAAUGCAGAGGGAACCGCCCCGACGCUAGAUCCUGUAUCUCUCCUUAGGAUGGAGGGCUCAGAGAGCUCGCAUUCUGACCCAGGUACAUCAGAGAGCCAGUCAUCGCUGACCACAGACAAUGCUGAAGUGGACACUACUACGAGCAUACCCUCUUCCCAGAGCUCAGCGGAAGGCUCCCAAUCCGAGCUCGAACAUCUUGCUCCCGGCUUGAACUUUCAGGGGGAGCUUGACCCUCAAACAGGGAUAUUCUACACUGUAGCUGCCACAUCGGGCUCUGACACAGUUGUCGCCUCAACACCUACUCUAGACAGGGCACAACUUGAUGCAACAACCCCAGGAACAAAGACAUUUGAUCUGCUCAGUAGCUCACUGGCCCAGGCGCAGAUUGACCUUGACCCCUACCAGUUCAUAGAGGAGGAUGUCCUUGUGGAGAAAGCGGACAGUCAGUCUGAUGUCCCGACUGAUGAUCAGACAACAGACAUCGAGGCAACCACUACAGAUUCGUCGGAAGUUACAUUAGGGGAGGUACCAAGUGGAGGGCCGAUCAUCCAUAUCAAAUCAAGCAGCUUCAUUCCCAUACAGGACCUGAACAAGUCCCGACAAAAUGCCACCAUUAACAUCACCAGACACCAGCCGCUGGCCCAAGGAGUGUCCGAGCUGAUCCUACCCCAGGAGGGCGUGUUUGCUGAGGGAGUGGAGGUGAUGGGACAGGAAGGGACCUUAGAUGACUUAGAAUCUCACAUGGGGGGUAGUCUGUCUGACAGUAUGUCCAGUGGAGUGUCCUCCAGUGCCGUCACCGUGGAGACGGCCCAGAUGGUGGAUCCUGCCGACGUAAGAGCGGAGAUGUCCAGUCUGGAUGAUUUGGGUGUAGUCACAAGUCCCUCUAUGGGAAACAGCUCUGACAGCCAAGAGGUAGCCGGACUUGACCUUAGUGCCUCAUUGAGGAUGAGCAAACGCAAGAGGAAGGCACCGUCUAACAUUGAUGAGACUCCGAACCAAGUCCAAGGUUCCUGGAUCCGAUCAUGUAUAGGGUUGAUUCAGAGGGUGUCGAGAUACCGAGGUCUGAACCGAGAGAAGGGAGAUCUGAAUGCAGCAUCAUGGUUCACAGAACCAGUGGAUCGUAGUGAAGUUCCUGAUUAUUACACCAUCAUCAAACACCCAAUGGACUUCGGAACGAUCAGGAAGAAAUUGGAGGCUAACACCUAUCUGGACCAAGAAGACUUUCACACCGAUAUGUUACUGGUGAGGGACAACUGUCGUACAUACAACCCCCCGGGGAGUACUGUCCGUCGCGACUGUGAUGAAGUGUUCGCCUUUUACAUGUCAGAAUAUGAAAAACUCCUGGACAGAUGGCAAAAGGCUCAGAUGUCCUCACCGUCCCCUAAGAAAUCUCGCCUGGAAAAGAGUCCAGUAAGGCCAUGAAAAGAUUAGCAAGACUUCAACGUAGAGAUGCAUAGAGCCUAUUGGGGUUAAUACCUCGGUGAUCUGACAGUCAGUACCGACCCAGUGGAGUUAAAACCUCAGUAAUCUGACAGUUGUACCGACCUAUUGGGGUUAAAACCUCAGUGAUCUGACAGACGGUACCGACCCAGUGGAGUUAAAACCUCAGUAAUCUGACAGUCGGUACCGACCCAGUGGAGUUAAAACCUCAGUAAUCUGACAGUCGGUACUGACCCAGUUGAGUUAAAACCUCAGUGAUCUGACAGUCGGUACCGACCCAGUGGAGUUAAAACCUCAGUAAUCUGACAGACGGUACCGACCCAGUGGAGUUAAAACCUCAGUAAUCUGACAGACGGUACCGACCCAGUGGAGUUAAAACCUCAGUGAUCUGACAGUCGGUGCUUUCCCUGUGAGCAACACAAGUGGUGUCACCUGCCACAGUAAAGAAUGGGAUCCCUGGUGCGAGUGGCACAUCCUACCAGGGGCACCUGACUGUAAUCUGUGUACAUGUUUCAACUUACACUGACCAUGGUUUAUUCCAACCAAAGCAGAAUGUUUGCUGCAUGGACCAACUUUAUUGAGCGGGAGUACAUGGAGAAAAACAACUUUUACAUAGUCCAUAGCACUCGAAACUCUAAAGCAAGGAGGUCCAUAGCACUCGAAACUCUAAAGCAAGGAGGUCCAUAGCACUCGAAACUCUAAAGCAAGGAGGUCCAUAGCACUCGAAACUCUAAAGCAAGGAGGUCAUGCAGAUACUGUUAGGAAGGAAAACCUUGUUCUCGGUGAGAAAAGAUUCAAGUGCUUAAGGAAAUGUGUAACCUUGACAACAUGUAUGUCGGUCUGUACAGACACAAAAUGAGUGGCAAGGACACUACAACAGCCUGUAUCAGCCACAUCCGAUGAACUGUGAAAUGAGUGACACAGACACGAAUGUGGCCUGUACACACAUACAUCCGAUAAGCUGUACACAUGUGAAAUGAGGGACUCAGACACUACAGCGGCCAGUACACACAUACAUCUGAUAAGCUGUACACAUGUGAAAUGAGUGACUCAUACACUACAGCGCCCAGUACACACAUACAUCCAAUGAGCUGUACACAUGUGAAAUGAGUGACUCAGACACUACAGCGGCCAGUACAUACAUACAUCUAAUGAGCUGUACACAUGUGAAAUGAGUGACUCAGACACUACAGCGGCUUAAAAAAAGAGUCGGAUGAUUGACAUGGACACUACAGGACUGUUGUACAUGUAAACAUAUGUUUGUAAAAUGAAGGGUGUGUGCAAUAUUUAUUUUAUCCUUUUGACAAUUUUAGAUCACUUGAGCAAAAGUGACAUUUCAAUCACUUUUCAUCGAGUGUCCCAUGUUUAAAUGUUCGCAUUUUAUUAAGAUCACCAUUGGACUAUACAUUAUGUAUCUUGUUAAGGAUAGUGCAUAGCAGAAGAGGCGUGUAUAAUGUUGCCACGCUCUUUUCUCGGCAAAAUAACGUUGUAUAUUUAAAAUCUGGUGAACACUGGACCUUUGUUUGUGCCCAGUCUUAAGACAUUCAGAGGCAUAUAUAAGAGGUAAGAUUUGCCCUUCAUCCCUGUUUCUGUCCCUCAGAAAUCUAAAGGUUUGCAAGAGUAUGUCUUUCUAUCAUUGAUAGCAAUAGGGAGUUGUAUAUCCAGCAAUAUCGGAGCAGGGUCGGAUAUGUUUCAAACAUUAUAAAUUUUUCAUCAGUAUUCCUGAGAUAUUAUUGGCCCGGGGAAAAGUUGGCUAUUUUGAACUUAUAAAAAAGUCCUUGUGAAGGGUAAUUUGUAAUAACAAAACGAAAUGACUCGUAGCUAUAAGGUUGUCAGUUCCUCACAUGAUUCAAAGGCACAAGAGUCAUAAGCUUAAUGGUACAUAGAAUUU